GCGUGGAGCGUAAGACAAGGCCGUUGCUGAUCCCCGACAUAUAGGGUUUUAGUAAACCUCUCUCCUGUGUCAAAACCCCGAAUUUUUUCUUUAUCAACCAUCGAUUCUCUACCUCAAAAACCAAAAAAAUUCUCUGUGCAUAACCACCAUGAGCAAGGGACCUGGCCUCUUCUCCGACUUCGGCAAGAUAGCUCGAGAUUUACUCACCAAGGAUUACACCACCGACCAGAAGAUUUCAAUUUCUUCUUUCACUGACUCCGGCGUGGCUAUCACUUCAAGUUUGGCUACAAAGGGAGGUCUGCCUUCAGGGGAUGUAGUAGCACAACAUAAAUUCAAGAAUGGCUCACUUGAUGUGAAACUUGACACAGAAUCAAAUAUUUUAACAACCCUCAGCGUCACAGAUUUCCCAUCAUCUACAAGAGUCUUUGCGUCUCUAAAGUUGCCUGAUUACAACUCUGGCAAGCUGGAGGUACAGUAUUUACAUCAACACUCUGCUAUCAGUGCAGCUGUUGGAUUGAACCAGUCUCCUGCCGUUGAUCUUUCAGCAACUAUUGGCACUCCGACCAUUGCCUUUGGUGCAGAGACAUCCUAUGCUACAGCUUCUGGUGAAUUUGCAAAGUAUAAUGCUGGUGUGUGUUACACAAAGCCAGAUUCCAAUGCUUCAGUGAUCCUGGCUGACAAAGGAGACUCAAUUAAGGCAUCCUAUUUGCAUCAUCUGGAUCUACUGAAUCGAGGAGCUUUGGUGGCAGAGAUCAGUCGAAGGUUCUCCACUAAUGAGAACACAUUGACAGUUGGCUGUUCCUAUGUGGUUGAUUCUCAGACAUUGCUGAAGGCAAAGCUAAACAACCACGGCAGCCUUGGUGCUCUUCUGCAACAUGAGCUCAAGCCCAAGUCCAUCCUGACAAUUUCUGGUGCUUUUGAUACCAUGAACAUGCAGAAGAAUCCCAAGUUUGGGUUGGCACUCUCUCUCAAGCCUUGAUGAGCUAUACUCAUAUCCCAACAGAAAUAGUGCGACCAAUUUUAUUCAUAGAUCUUGUCUUGAUUUUCUGCUCACACAAAUUGAGGCAUUAUGAUAAAAUGACAUUGUAUAAAAUUCCUUUCAGAUGGUAUUUCUCAUCUUGGUUGCUUGAAAAUGUUUACUGCAGACUUAAAUCA